AUGCUGAACUGUUCUAUUCUCCUUGGUUGCCUAACUCUUUUGAAUAUAUUAGUUGAUAUCAAUGAUGGAAGAGACUCUUCGCUGGCAACGCCGCCUCCCUCGUCAGCUUCAGACGACCCCAUCGAAUUCGAAAGCCGCCUGAUCAGAUAUACUCCGCCGACACCCGAAGUUCAAGCCAGCCCGUUUGAGCUGAGCUGGCUGCCGAAACAGCAGCAGAAACUCCUUGAUCAUUUCAUAUCAUGCACCACCUUGUCGAUGUCAUGUCAUUCGCCAAUCCAGGAUAUGUUCUGCCGGGUUCUCAUACCCAUGGCUACACAGACCCCUCAUCUCAUGAACGCCCUGCUGAGCCUUGCAGCCACUCACAGAUUGACCCUGGGCAUGGACCAAAGCAUGUCAGAGCUCAACCACCUCAAGGCCUCCAGUCUCCGUCAGCUGCAAGACGCUCUGGCCAAGCCCGGGGCUAGCUUGGACGAAUCAGUAGUCGCAACUACCCUUACCCUGUGUCAUUCUGACUUUGUGUCGGAUGGCCGUAGCCCUGGUUCAUGGCGUUCUCACCUGCAAGGAACAACGACAAUAAUAUCUUCUUAUCUAGAGAAGUCAAAGGCUUCUCCAGACUCACUCACCAAUACCAUGUCCCUUCUGUGGCGAUGGUAUCUGUCCAUCGAAACCGUUGCUCUAUUAACAGGAAAUCUGGUCAUGCCAAACGACUCUCGCGCCCUACUCCAGAUGCGAAAGUUGAUAAGCGAUGAUAAAAUCGACGAUUUGGCUGGCUUCUCGUCCUCAUUAGGACCGAUCUUCAAACAAAUCAACCGUCUUGCGAUAGAAGCUGACCUGGCUCUCAAACAAGAUGAAGGAGGACAUUUACCUGCGGACUCAGACCCCAAAAAUCGCAUUCCGCUCUCAGUACUUGAUGAAAGCUAUCAGCUCAUCAAUGAGAUACAUUCAAAGAUGGGCCCCCAAGAACGGAGAUUUAGGCCUACGGUCGAUGCUUCGGUGCACAAAAAUGACUUUGCCACUGUUGAUGAAGCCUUUCACCAUGUCGCACUCGUUCAAAUAUAUCGCCGUAUCCUCAACCUGACCUCUACAGAUCCCUUGGUUCAGAGUUCGGUAAAGCAUAUUAUCAGUCGGAUAUGCAAGGUUCGGUUCCUGGGUGAACCUUGCCCUGGAAUUGCCGUGCUACAACCUCUCUUUACAGCUGGCUGUGAAGCAUCUGCAGGGCCAGACAGGGACAGCAUCAAUACCUUGCUUUUGAAUUUUGAACAUCGCUAUGGCAUGGGAAAUGCAAGGAAUUGUCGAACAUUUUUACAGGAUUUAUGGGCCAUGAGAGAUAAGAGUGAUGACGUAGAAGGGAAGACUAGAUGGGAUAAGGUUAUGGUUGACAAGGGACUUGACAUCCUCCCUUAUUGA